AUGAAGUCGGGCAUGGUGGAAAGACCUGUGCAAACGUCCUGCGGUGUGAAAGUUCGAUGCGAUGGUUCUCGAGUGAUCUGUCGGUUGUGCGUUCCGGGCUUCGUCGACGGUGGAGAGGUCGACAGGGUAUAUUGCGCACACCUGAUUCAGGCUCUCAACGAAUGCCACGCCAAGGGUGUCUGGCACAAGAUCACAGGAGGCUGCAACGGCAUCAAGCACGAUCUCAACAUGUGUCUCCGGCAAGAGCGUGUGGAACGCACAGCCAACCACGUGCGGGAGUCAAGAGAGAGCCGCAAAAAGACCGAACAAAUAUGGAAGGAAAUUGACCAGGAAUCUUAG